AUAGCCGGUCUGAACGUAUUGCGAAUAAUCAAUGAACCGACAGCUGCGGCUUUGGCGUACGGUCUGGACAAGAACCUGAAAGGAGAGAGGAACGUGUUGAUAUUCGAUUUGGGUGGUGGCACGUUUGAYGUGUCUGUUCUGCAGAUCGACGAGGGUUCCAUAUUCGAAGUGAAAUCAACAGCGGGCGACACGCACUUGGGAGGCGAAGACUUCGACAACCGGCUGGUGGGUCAUUUGGCCGAAGAGUUCAAGAGAAAAUCCAAAAAGGACGUGCAUACCAAUCCGAGAGCGUUGAGACGGUUGAGAACGGCCGCCGAACGGGCCAAGAGGACGCUGUCGUCUAGCUCGGAGGCCACAAUAGAGAUUGACGCUCUGAUGGAAGGUAUCGAUUUCUACACACGAGUGUCACGAGCUCGUUUCGAGGAGCUAUGCGCGGAUCUGUUCAGAUCGACUCUGCAGCCAGUGGAGAAAGCGUUGGCGGACGCAAAGUUGGACAAGGGCGACAUACACGACGUGGUACUCGUGGGCGGUUCGACGAGGAUCCCGAAAAUCCAAAGUCUCCUACAAAACUAUUUCUGCGGCAAGCCGCUCAACCUGUCCAUCAACCCCGACGAAGCGGUAGCCUACGGUGCCGCGGUGCAAGCGGCCAUUCUCAGUGGCGACACGAGUUCUGCGAUUCAAGACGUAUUGCUCGUUGACGUCACCCCGCUGUCGCUCGGCAUCGAGACCGCCGGGGGCGUGAUGACCAAAAUCGUCGAUCGUAAUUCCACGAUUCCGUGCAAACAAACCCAAACGUUCACCACGUACGCGGACAAUCAACCUGCUGUUACCAUCCAGGUGUUCGAAGGGGAAAGGGCCAUGACUAAGGACAAUAAUCUGUUGGGAACGUUCGACCUGACCGGCAUACCUCCGGCGCCCAGGGGUGUACCCAAGAUCGAGGUGACUUUCGACAUGGACGCCAACGGUAUUUUAAACGUGUCGGCCAAGGAAAACAGCUCUGGGCGUUCCAAGAACAUCGUYAUAAAGAACGACAAGGGUCGCCUGUCUCAGGCCGAAAUCGAUCGAAUGCUCAGCGAGGCCGAGCAGUACAGAGAAGAGGACGAACGUCAAAAAGCCAAGAUCGCGGCCAAGAAUCAGUUGGAGAGCUACGUGUUUGGUGUUAAACAAGCGUUAGACGAGGCCGGCGACAAGUUGACCGAAUCGGAGAAGAAUACCGGCAAACAGGAAUGCGACGCGGUCGUCCAAUGGUUGGAUAACAAUCAGUUGGCAGACAAAGAAGAGUACGAGUACAAACUAAAGGAAAUCCAAAAGAGCUGUUCGGCUCUAAUGAUGAARAUACACGGUGCAGGACAAGCCGCCGGUGGUGUGCCUCCCGGUGCUCACGGUUUCCCCGGUUCUAGAGGACCUACCGUCGAAGAAGUCGACUAAUUCCUUUGACAAUGUUCUCAUUUAUUAUUUAUAUUUGUACACGCUAUUAUCGACUACAAUUCUAUAUUGUUUGUUUCCUAUAUUCCUAUAGUUAUUCAUUAGG